AUAACAGUCCGUUGAACGGACCAGAUAAAUCGUUCUUUCCCCACGUCUACGGAGAAAAUCCAAGUCUCACUCACCGAUUCCGCUGACCGACUGCACCACAUUAUCAGUGCCAUUCUCCAGGUUCAUGACAAGCUCUCAUGACUUAGAUCUCGCCGAUAUCCUACUUCGCCGGUUCCGUGUUCGUAGCCGGAGAAGUUGUUGAUUUCGUUGACAACUACGGUCAUCUUUAUUUCUCCUACAACCGCAGUUCUGGGAUUUUGGGAUCAUGGCUCGUGGAAAAAUCAUAAGUAGUUAGCUACAUUUUGUACUUAACAGUACUAUUUCCAGAAUUUGGGCCUUUAAGUAGCAAAAUCAUUGAGAUCAGAUUCAUUCCAAGAUGGCUUACAAUACUUCAUCAAGAACUGAGCCAACAAAUUCUCAUCAAUGGCUUAUGGAAAGUGCUGAGGCAGAGUUGUUCCCUAAUAAAAAGCAAGCAGUUGAAGCUCCAAAUUCCAAUUCAUUCUCUGGUUUUCUAAAUUCAAAUGUUUCUCAUUGGGGACAUUCUUCCACUUUCCAUUCAGUUGCAAACCAAUUCACACAAAGGCUUUUUGACCCUGAGACUGCAAGGACUAUCAACUUUGGUCAGAGAAAUGUUCCAUCAGUUGACUUGGGAAAUAUAAGUAUGAAACGAAAGGUUAUUGAGGAUUGUGUUGAAAGUGAUUUCUCAUUUGGUUUAUCAAUAUCUAAUUCCCUGGAAGAUCCUAAGACAGGUCUUAAUUAUGGGGGUAUCAGAAAAGUUAAAGUCAGCCAAGUCAAGGAUACAGAAAAUCUCAUCCCUUCAUUUGGCCACACAUAUGACAGAAAGGACAGCGGUUAUGUGUCAGUGCCUCAUGCGUUUGUCAACACAGAUGAUAAUUCUGUUUCUAUGGGACUUUCUUUCAGUAGAGCAGAUAAAAAUGUGAUGUCAAUUGGAACUUCCUUCAUGAGGGAGGAUAACGAUUUCGUAUCAGUGGAUCAACCUGGCAACCAUCAUGGCUGUGAUGGGACUUCAAUAGGUCCUGCAUACAAGGAAAAUGGUAGUAUAUCACUCAAUACAUCUCUAGAUAAAGAUGGAAAAAACACAGGAGCACUAAGUUUCCAAAAUUUUGGUAUAAAUGAAGGAGCAGUGAGUCAUUCCUUAAACAUGAAUGGUGCUGUUGAAUCAAUUGAGCUGCCUUUCAGCAUGGAUGAUAGUAAUAUUGCCCAUACAGGGCAACUUUUUGAUAAAGAAGCUCAAAUAGCUGCAUGUAUAGAUCACUCUUACAACAAUACUGAAGAUCAUCAUAUGUCAGGGUCUAAAAGCUACAACACAAUUGACGACAAUAAUUUGUCAUUGGCCCACCAUUGUGGUAAGGGAGAAAGUAAGAUCAUAUCUUUUGGUGGAAUUUCUGAUGAUGAUAAUUUGAGUGCUUCUGAAAGGCUCAUAUGCAGUUAUGACUUACUAAUGGGUCAAUCUUCAGUUCUAAAAUCUGAAACAGUGAAAGGAAAGGUGUCAGUUGAGUCAAAUGCUGAUGCACUUGCAAAAGCCACUGAAAUAGUUACUAGUAAAGAAAUUAUUUCAAGGAAAAAAGAGGAACAUAAAGUAAUUAAAAAACCUCCUCCAAAUAAUUUCCCUUCUAAUGUUCGAAGUUUGCUGUCAACUGGUAUACUAGAUGGAGUACCCGUGAAGUAUAUUGCGUGGUCACGAGAGAAAGAACUUAGGGGCACCAUAAAAGGUUCUGGUUAUCUAUGUGGUUGUGAGACAUGUAAUCAUACCAAGGCGAUUAAUGCCUACGAGUUUGAGCGUCAUGCUGGAUCUAAAACUAAACAUCCAAACAAUCACAUAUACUUUGAGAAUGGCAAGACAGUUUAUGGGAUUGUUCAAGAGUUGAGGAAUACUCCACAAAAUCUGUUGUUUGAUGUAAUUCAGACAAUUACUGGGUCACCCAUCAACCAAAAAUCCUUUCGUCUUUGGAAAGAAUCAUUUGUAGCUGCAACACGUGAACUUCAGAGAAUAUACGGAAAAGAGGAAGGAAAACAACUAUCUUGAAGUGGGCAAAAUCAGUUUUCCGAUUGAAGUUGGAAGAAUGCUGUAUUAUUCACCUGAAGAUCCAGGCCAUCAGAAAGGUUAUGGCAGGAAGAAUGUUGCUCAUGGCUGCAGCAAAGGUCGCUGUGGUGUAUUUCAUGCCCAAAAAGUAGAGGUUCUGGUCUAUAACUGGUCUGUUAAUUGGAGCCAUAUAAAAGUCAUUAGUAGGUAUUCUACAAUUGAUACUGAGAAAACAGGAUCUGAUUCGAGACUUACUCGAGUAGGCUGAGAACCAGGAUCUUUGCAAAUAUUGAGAGUCUCAUCUUCGGCCUUAUUUUCCUGUUGAAAAGUAUGUUCAGCUAUUUGAUAUGUACAUUUUAUUACUGGAGCAGUUGAUCAUGGACAUAAAACUAGAGGCAUAUAGUGGCUUAUACAUAAAUAAAGGCAGGAUUCACAAGCAGAUAGAGAGAGAAAGAGACUUGUCCAGUAUGAUGGCAAAAGGGGCAAUAAGAGCCGUGGCAAUCGCAUGGCGGUAGACCACAAAUACAUAAUUGCUCAUCCCUUCAUUGAGUGCAACUUUUCCGAUGAUAUCCAUUCCUGCAAACCCAAAUUGCAAAAAAAUUACAGCAGCAAAGGGCUUCGCCCUGUUAAAUAGCUUGUAAAUUAUAUCCUUUGCAGCAAGUCCUUUUGUUUCCAUCUUCCCUACUCAGCUAUUGUGUUGCUUCAAAAGGAGGUCCUGAAAUGUAGCUAAGUUGUUCUAUAUAUUAUAGCGAUCCUCUAAAUCAAUUGAUGCCACCUAGUGCAAUUCUGUAAAUUCUGCUUCAAUAUCAUGGAAGCUAAGUGUGGGGGAGUUGCAUAAACUUAUGAAACUUGCCUAUCGUUUGAAC